AUGCCAUUACCAUCCUUCUCCUUCAACCCCUUCCCCGACCGGAAGAGCCCAACGCCGACACAACCCACCGUCGCCGCCGACGACUUAGCGGCGGAGAAGGCGGCGGCCUGGGCAUGGUACCAUCAUGGGUCCGGCUCCGAAUCCAAGCCCAUGCGGGAAUUCGGCCUCACCAGGCCCGUCUCUGUCCCCAAGCCCUCUCGCUACAGGCUCGAGGCCAUAAGAAUCGCCCAAAAUUUCUUUCAGGACAAUUCACAAACACCUUGUCUGCAUAAUUCUCUUCUCGACAGCUACGAAGUCGCGAGCAUUUCUAGGCGCAUAUCUGACUUACUAGACCCCACUGAUCGUAACAAUUUUAGCCUUAGGAGCUUCGAAUCUGAAAUUUUGGAUCUGGGUCGAGAAAUUGAGAGGAAAUCCACCAAGCCCAAGAAAUUUGGAGGCUUUUGGCGCAGACGGUCCGUGAUGUGCGGCAAAAUUGAGGAUGUGGCUAUUGGCAGCCUCGUCCGGCCGCCGGGAAAACAACAGCAAAGGCCGACAUGA